AUGGAACAAAACAAUGGCACUGAAAUAAGUGAGUUCAUUCUCCUGGGAUUUGCUGGUCAAUGCAAGUCGUGGCAUAUUCUCUUCAUAGUAUUUCUAGUGAUCUACGUGGCCAUCCUAGUGGGCAAUAUUGGAAUGAUCCUACUCAUCAAGAUUGAUUCUUGCCUUCAUACCCCGAUGUAUUUUUUCCUCCAACACUUGGCAUUUGUUGAUCUCUGCUACACCUCUGCUAUCACUCCCAAAAUGCUGCAAAACUUUGUACAAACAGAGCAAUCCAUCUCAUUCAUAGGGUGUAUGGUGCAAUUACUAGUCUAUGGUGCUUUUGCAACGAUUGACUGUUACAUCUUGGCUGCAAUGGCAGUGGACCGGUAUGUCGCCAUCUGCAAUCCACUCCGCUAUCCAAUAGUCAUGUCCCAGAGAGUCUGCAUUCAACUCCUAUUUGGCUCAUACUUCAUAGGUUUUCUAAAUGCCUCUGUAAACACAAGUUUUACUUUUUCACUGAACUUUUGCAAAUCCAAUAAAAUUAACCACUUUUUCUGUGAUGAACCCCCAAUUUUGGCUCUCUCUUGUUCCAACAUUGACUUCAACAUCAUGCUGCUAACUGUCUUUGUGGGGUUUAACCUAAUGUUCACUGUGCUGGUUGUCAUCUUUUCCUACAUAUGUAUCCUGGCUGCCAUCCUGAAGAUAUCUUCCAUUGCAGGGAAGAAAAAAGCCUUCUCCACGUGUGCCUCCCACCUGACAGCAGUCACUGUUUUCUAUGGGACUCUGUCUUACAUGUAUCUGCACCAUGGGACCAAUGAGUCUCAAGAGCAAGAAAAAAUGGCUUCUGUGUUUUAUGGCAUUAUGAUCCCCAUGUUAAACCCCUUCAUCUACAGCCUGAGAAACCAAGAUGUGAAGGAAGCCCUAAAAGUGGUUACAAAGAAGUGCUUCUGGUUUGAUCAUUGA